AUGUUUGCUACAAAAUUCCGCAGGAACCUGUCACCGUUGACUCUCUUCUCUCACAAAGGUGGUCCGAAUCCUUGGAGAACGGUUACUGCUUUGAAAGAAUUGAAUCUUCCUUACGAAACAAUUUUUCAUGACUUUGCAAAAAAUGAGCAGAAAAACGAAAGACACCUUGCUUACAAUCCUAACGGCAGAGUUCCUACAUUGAUCGAUCAUCAUAACAAUGAUUACACAAUCUGGGAAUCCGAUGCUAUUUUGGCCUACUUGACAGACAGGUACGACAAGGAAAGAAAGAUUUCAUUAUCUCAUGAUCAUCCUGAUUACCAUCAUUUACUUCAGUACCUCUUUUUCCAGUCGUCUGGUCAAGGAGUCAUUUGGGGACAAGCUUCUUGGUUUAACUUUUAUCACCCAGAACCUGUUGCAUCGGCUAUUAGUAGAUACAGAAACGAAAUUAAGCGUGUUCUUGGUGUUUUAGAAACGAUUCUUCAAGAAAAAGAGUAUCUUGUCGCCAACAAGUGUACGAUUGCUGAUUUGUCUUUUGUCACCUGGAACGCUUUGUUGCCAAGUAUUUUUGGUCCAGGAAAGCACGAAUUUAAUGAAGCGCUUCCUCAAUUGGAUUUCAAAAAGGAGUUCUCCAAGACUUAUGCUUGGCAUCAACGUCUUGUUGAGCGUCCUGCCGUUGCUGCCACUUUGAAGGAACGGGAGCAAGUUCUUCAGCAAUGA